UUGCUGUUGGGAACGCCCAUUCAGGAAGCUGACCUUGGUUCCAUACAUACAGGCCUGGCGCAGUCAUAGAAGGCAUCAACAUGCAAUUAGUUACCAGAUGGCGUCACUCUCAUUUCCUGUCGCAUUGAGCGUUUCGAGCGUCUCACAAAGUUCGAUUGCGCGUCUGCUUAGUUCUUGGUCGAGGUUGCUUUAGCUGCUCUCUAUUGCGUCAGGAAGAUCCUAGUCAUGUGGUUUAUUGUGUGAUGUAAAUGAAGUAGUGUGUGGUUAUGAACUGCAGCAUUGACUGAACGGCAUACGGAUAGAAAGUUCGAGUUUGUAUUAACGAAUUUUUGCCGUGUCUGUGCUUUGGUACUAUUCGCCCACUGUGCAACGUAUUUCGAGCAUUGAUAUCUUGAACCCUCCUGUUGCGGAGUCACGACAGGAACUAGCCAUUGCGAACGAUCUGCUAAAUUGUUGAGAUUGACAAGGCUAGAUUGAUUGACCCUGAAAGGAGAGCAGAACUCAAAGAGCACGUUGUCAAUGUUAGUGGUUAUUUUGCGUGCUUCAGGUGGAGAAAGAUGUGAAGUGAAGUGAAGCAGCCAAAGUGGAGAGAAAUGGAGAUGGGAGACGGCAGCAAGGAUGUGGGGAAGGGGGUCAUUGGGGGCGCUAUGCCUCUACAGGCUUAGUCCUGCGGCACUAAACUCAUUGCGCUGCUCUUGCGGGCGCACAGCUGUUGGGUUCCUGCCUGAGGCCCUUACAAGUAUUCUCCUGGGCCUGCCAUUCCCAAUGGAAGGGGCGGGCACUUUCACAUACAGUCCGUCCCAUUCCUGCGGGUCGCUGUGUUGGAGUCUAUUUUGAAGCAUUGAAACCGCCAAACAGAUUGCACUACGCCGCAGUACAAGCAUAGCAGCAGCUUACAGCAGAGGCAGCAUGAAGCAGCAUAAUACAGUACGAGCAAGAGACCAAGAGGGAGAGUGCAUCAACUCGCUUGUGCAAGUAGCCCCCUCCCCAGACUCGACCUUGAUCACGAAUAUCACCCAUUGACCAUUCAUGAGCGGGGUGGUCACUGGGUCAAACAGAAUACCAGCAAUAAAAUCCCAUCAAGAAGUGAAUUUACGAUGCUCGAACUGGAAGCAGACCACUGUCGAACAGGCCUCACACCACGAAGGACGGAGGGCACGGGGGUCCAACACCCUUUGUGCAGCACAACCUUUCGUCUUGCGGGGAGAGGGGGCACUUGGGGCACUCCGAAAGCCCCAGCAAGCGGGCAGAACCGUGCAGAAUUGCACGGUAGGUAACGGAAACAAGAGGCGAGCAACAGCCCACUGCCCACCUCCGGUGUCGCUAUGGUGCUGAGUCUGUUCAUCAGCUCAGUCCCAGUCCCCAGCGAAAAAUCUCGGCUGAUGCCCUCACGGUGCCAUCCGUGACCCUCAAGGCCCCCCGUUGAGAACGCAUCUGAGUCACCUCAUCGAAGCUCAAUAUGGGUGAUUGCUCUCGUGGGCAUGAACUGAGCUGAGCAUAAGUGAAUCAUCGAAAAAUUUUCGUUUAUCCAUCGCAAUCUCGUAGCCUUCCUUGGCCAAUUCGGGAAGGGCAGGAAAGGCAGGGAAGAGCAGACACGGUCAAGUCAGCCAGCCAAUGUCUCCAGCAGAAUCACACGCCUGUGUCUGGUGUCUGAAUGUCUUGGGUCCUCUGGUCCUUUGGUCUCGGAGGCUUUUCCUGUCCUCUGUAGCCUACAGCCUACAGUACAGCAGUAGGAGCUCACUGAAGGACCGGGCACCUCUUUGAUCUCUGCAUUGGAUCUCCACUCCUCUUGCUAUUGCUGGCACUCCCUCUCCAACACUCCCUAGAGGGUGAGACACCCAGGCGUGCUUGUCCAUUACACACCCAGUUGAAACGAGAGCAACCCACACCUGGCGGGCGUCCCAUCAGGGCCCAUGGUGGACCAAAUUUUCCUGGCAUUGAGAGCGGCAAGGCGCCCCCACCUCUCUGCAAAACUCCACCAAGACAAGUACGUAUCGAUGGAGCAGUGGUGUGCCUUGGUACCCUCCUCCACGAAUUCCUAGGCAAUGUACCUCUAGCGCCAUCCUGGUCGUGCAACUGAUCAUCGACCAAGGCUGUGCCUGGGCCACUGACCAAGAAUAUACAUAACCCUUCCCCUCGAACCUCUUGACCUCUGAUCUCCUCCACCAUCAUCUCGAUUCUUUCACUUCGCAAUCCUUUCAAUUGCUUCUCCUCCAUAUUAAACUAUUGAUCUCACUCGACAUCACUUGGAUAUAAAGGAGUCUUGACUUCUCUGCCUCUUGGGCUGAUCCCUUCACACACUAACCACUCUUCCUUCUCAUCAACCACAUACCACCGCAGCCAUGGACUGUGAUUCUUGGGCUCACUCUUUCUGCCUCGCUUGCGACAAGCAGGUCCAAUCAUCAACUGAUGCCUACUGCUCUGAGUCUUGCAGACUGGCCGACUUCGAGAAGACCUCAACAACAAGCUCUCAAGCCAGCUCGCCCGGCCUCGCUUCUCCUCCUUGCCAAUGGUCAUCGAAAUCCUCCAGCUCGGGCUUCUACCUGUCCCCCGCCUACGAUUUCUCCAACGCAAAGCCAUACGGAUCAAGGCACAUGAGCCAACCUACCUUCAAGCCUUACGGCACUGAGCAAUCAACUAUCCGAUCCCUCACUCCUUCAAGCUCCCACAGCAGCCUUUGCUCCAUGCAAAGCACCUCAACAACAGGAGAGUCAAGUCAACUAUCAGACAAGGCGAGGAAGGAACUCCGAGCGUACGCAGUGUCCUUCGACAAUGUGAGGACCCAGCGAAGGCGAUCAUACUAAGCACGAUGCCAUAACGACACCACUCAUCCACAUGCAACCUCACAUUUAAACAUCAUCUAAAAACAUAUUCAUCACGCAACUCAUUCAACAUCUACAACAUUAAACGCAUCAACGAAACCUCAACUCACACUUCACGCCUUUUUCCCUUUUUAUCUUUGUCAAAGAAUUUGUUUGUAACAAAGACUGGCAUUACACCGGAGCACUGCAUUAAAAAAAAAGUUUGUUUUACAUCGAACCCAUGACGAUUUCUUUUCAUCUCAACCAAUAUCUGGUGGGAUAGUUUUGGGCGGUUUAUUUGUCCAUCGGUAUCUUGUACCAAAUACAGGGCGGGUUUGAUAUCAUAUCAAGUUUCAGAAUAUGGAUUACGGGAGCACGGGAGGUUUAUCAUGAUACCGGGAUACGAACGGCUGGGGACAUUUGGUUUUGGCGUACAGGACCGACCAGGCAAGAAGCCGGUCGAUGGAUUAUUCUAUUGGGAGGUAUAACUGCGCUUUUUGACUACGGGGCACUGGGCAUUGACAGGAACUGCGGAAGGCUGCACUACACUGCACAGCAUAGCACAUCAUUGGAUACCAUAGCAUAGUAUAGCCAAAAGAGAUUUUUUUUCUCCCUCCACACAAAGCAAGACAAGUUUCCAAAGUAUGAGUGUGCAUAACUUUUGCGUGUUUCGUUUACUCUCCGUCGAGUGUCACCCAACUUGGAGGGCAUAAUCGGCGGGUAUUCCUAGUCGCAUACAUAGGCACAGCACAUCGACACUACCGUAUAUAUGGAGAGAGAGACUGGGAUGGAUCGACUUUUCAUCUGCAGUGACUCAGCAAUUCCGGCUCCACGCGUCUCAAUGUUAAGCAAGGAGGAUGGAGGUUUCGGCGGCAUUAAGAUCUGUUACCAUCGUCGAAGCUAAAAUUCUACAACUACUAAAGUUAAGUUACCACUGUAAGUUGGACGGAUGCGCGCGCGCGAAGCGAAGAGCAAGGGUCAUCCACCAGUAGUUCCAGACAAAGUCUAAUGAUUGAGCAACAGCAAAGAAGAUUUGCAACAGUCAGAAGAUAAUACUAACUAAGAGCCGCUUCCAGCUCCGUUCCCCAGACUCGAAGUGAAAGCUUGGCCGGGACUACGUACUGCUAAUUGCUGUGUGAGCCAUAGCAGCUCCGAUGGCCGGCCAUAAGCCCCUUGUUUAUGGAGACAGCCUGACUAACAAUCUCAAGGAUUCAACGUCCUCGUGGAUGUCAAUUACUAGCAUGAUUUUUGUUUUUCGCCUCGCCGAUGAACGGGGCCUCUUGAAACCGAGAUUCGCAAUUUGGGUGUCAUGCGGCUCAAAAGUCAAAAGGCAAAGUUCAGUCAGAGCUUGUUUUGAAACCCGAAACGUGCUCGCCUGUUAUUAACAUGAUGCCACCACGAAAGUGAAAAAGAGUACGUAUCUUCAUGUUGUGAUAUCGUAAGCCAAGUCAAUUCGUUCAAGUUAGGUGCAGUACUAAAGUAAACUCUACGAUACACCCGUUUGGUGGUAGCCGACAUCUCUCAUCAGGUUGCCCCCUGGGGAUUCCGUCCAUGCAACCGUCACGUCCCUUGAUAGGGAUAAGUGAGCGAGCGAUAUGCGAUAAAGGCUUGGGCCGAUAAAGCACGCACGGAAAGGUUUUUCCUGCAACACUUACAGCACAUGAUAUACUUAUCAGACUUUAGCCUAGAGCUAGAGGCUGACAAGAUGACUUGAGCACUACUGGUCUAUCUUUAGAAGAGACGAAGCCCUGUCAUUUUGUCACCUGCCACCUGAGAGUCCUGCCAGUGACAUUGAACAAAGAUUUUAGCUUCCCGAAAGCCCGGUUACUAAAAAGGUACAAUAUGUACGAUACGGGUUUAGAUGGAGCAAAGGGGGUCGGUCAAUUGGUCUCUGAACGUCAUGAUCAUUGCGGGCCGUGAAUCAACUUAGCUCAAGGCUUAGGCUCAGGUAUGGAGACUCAAUAACUCCUGUCUCUCCCUGCCAGCGCAUCCUCCAUCUCAAUCGGCGAUUCCCAACUGAAUUUGAUGAUCUGAGCUAGCAACGGACCCUCGCACGUGUGCAAUAAAGGAAAAUUUUAUGGUGGAUUGGCAUUGAUCAUGGAUGAUUGCACUGCGCUUUGGGGGGAUUUUGUUUUACAAUUAGGGGACCCAAGACCUAUGACCCUGAAACAAACAAUCAGCCAACCCAAUAUUGGAGAAAAUUUUCACAUCUCUUUGUUCUCUUCUGUUUUGUAGUUGGUGAAAUUGAAGGGCGUGUACAGUAAAAGAUCCAACCAAGAGCCUUGCAAGGGUAUCUUCAAGA